AUGAUCGAAAACAGCGCUUCGCAAGCCUUGAUGAAGUCGCAGAGCUUGCUUCACAGGACGAAGCGAAAAUUCCACAAGGCGUUCUCGCUGGUGUUGGGUCGUAGUCAGAAAGUGCAGCCCAUGGUUGAGAAGGAAGAAUGGCACGAAAGUGGUGGUGUGAGAAUCGUUGAAG